AUGGCUCUACCCUUAUGGCAAAGAAGACCACGAGUCCAAGUACGCCCUUCAGCAGUGGCUGCGGUGGCUGCGGUGGCGGCGUCGCGGGCAACUCACCCCCCGCCCUCCGCCUUCAGACGCGCACGCCCGGGGCAGGCGCCGCCUAUCCUGGGCGGCGGCCGAUGCGGGGGCGGCAACAAUGGCCUCGGUGAUGGGAACUCCCGGCAGGUCCACAUUCCGUUAACCGUCCUGCAGGGGUGGUUUGACGGGCUCGGAGCCGGGGACAGCUUGGGCGAUGCAGACAAAGGAGGCGGCGGAGAAUCUGGAGGGGGGGGCAAGUCGGGGGGGGCGGGGGGCGACAAGGCAAAACGAAAGAGCGGUGGUAGCAGUAGUAGUAGUAGCCCAAGUAGCAGUUCGAGGGGGCCGGGGAAGGCGACGCCUCCUCUGCAGGGUGGGCCGGGGUCCUCGAGCCUCUUCUCGAUGCUAGGAAGGUUAGGUGACGGCGGGGGGACAUCUAGUGGCGGCAGCGGCAAGAGCACGAAAGCGGAAUCUGGUACCACCGCGAAGGGGAAGGAUGGCCAAGCGGAGGACGCGACCGGAGAGGACGGGGGGCAGCAGGGAUUCGGGCCGAUGCAGACGCUGGCGGCCGUGGGCGAGAGCUUCUCGGCGGGGGCCGCGGCAUUCCAGGAACGGUUCUCGGAGAUCAGUCCGCAGAACGUUACCUUGGUGCUCGGUGGAGGCAAGGUGGCCAACGUGAUGGUGCCUUGGAAGGGGGUGGGCAUCUACGCGGGGGGGCUGCUGAGCGGCCUCGCGCUGGCCGUGGGGCUGCUGACGGUCCCGUACUCGGACUUGGGGUCGCCGGGCUUGAGGAAGAGCCUGACGCUGUUCGAGAAUGUGCUCGUGGAUAUCGACCAGGGGUACGUGGAGGAGGUUAACCCGGAGCGGCUCCUGGAGACCGCGGUGGGAUCGAUGCUCAGGACUCUGGACCCUUACACGGAGUACCAGAACAAUCAAGCGGCGGCUGACUUGAAGGAGACCGUGUCAGGGAGGUACGGGGGGGUGGGGCUCGUCAUAUCCGGCGGGAAGCAGAGGGGAGAGCAGCAGCAGACGACGGGCGAAGCAGAGCCACCAAAAGGGGGGCAGACGAGUGUGGGGGGCGGGGUACAGAAGGACGGGGGGGGCAAGGGUCGGGGGACGAUCGUGCGAGGUGCUAAGCGAGAGGCCGGGAAGGACGGCAUCACGGUGGUGUCGGCCUUCGAGGGGUACGCCUUCGACGCCGGGAUGCGGGCUGGCGAUAAGAUAACCGCCAUCAACGGGAAGCCGGUGGAAGGCAUCACCGUUGAGAAGGCGCGAGAUCAGCUGCGAGGAGAGCCAAACUCGAAGGUGAGCAUCUCCUUCUUAAGAGACACCAGCAACGGUCAGACCGAGCAGGAGAUCACGCUCACGAGGCGUCUGGUGAAGCUGCGGGACGUUAAGCUGGCCACCCUUGUGGGAGACGUGAAGAACGCUCCGGUGGGCUACAUGCAGCUCUCCGGCUUCAGCAUGGGCGCGGCGCAGGAGUUGCAGCAGGCGUACCGGUACCUUGACUCGGCAGCCGAGGGGGGGCUCCGCGGUGUCAUCCUGGACAUGAGGGGGAACCCAGGGGGCUUGCUGGAGGCCGCGGUUGACGUGUCGGCGCUCUUCGUGCCCGAUGGCAGCAGGAUCGUGUCCAUCAAGGGGCGGAACUUCCAGGACGUGACCUACGGGAGUUCACAGGGCCCCGUGAGGCCGGCGUCGACCCCGCUCGUGGUGCUGACUAACGGCGGUACCGCCAGCGCGGCUGAAAUCGUCUCUGGAGCUGUCCAGGACCUGGACGCAGGGGUGAUCGUGGGCGUGGGUAACGGCCGGACGUACGGCAAGGGCCUCGUGCAGAACGUCGCGGAGCUGCCGUACAACAACGCGCUCAAGUACACCGUGGCCAAGUACUACACUCCCAGCGGAAGAUGCAUCCAGAGCGUGAACUAUAAGGAGGGUGGUGUGGCCAUGGGAGAGGAGAAGCAGAGCAGCGGCUUCGGCUUCGAGGCGAGCGAGGUGCCCGAGCUCGAGCGGAAGGAGUUCGUCACCACGCACGGUCGAGUGGUUUUCGAUGGCGGAGGCGUUGAAGCUGACGUCAAGGUGAAGCUCCCCAAGCCAUCUGCACUCGAGAUAGCUCUACAGGUGCAAGGAGCCUACUUCGACUUCGCCGGGCAGUGGACCAAGACCCACACGUUCAAGGGGACGGACGUGGUGACGGACGGGGUCCUGAGGGAUUUCAAGAACUUCGUCUACAAGCGGCAGAAGGAGGGUACGUACGACCUCGCGGCGAUUUACGGGCCCCAGUUGGAGUCAUUGGAGUCCAUCCUGGAGGACUCCAACCUCGGCCACUACGAGAAGCUGGUGGAACCCCUUCCCAAGAAACUGACGCAGGAGAUGCUCACCGCGUUCGACUCUCGCAAGGAGCGGAUAAGAGCUUCCCUUGAGGAGGCCAUCCUUUCUAGGUAUCUUCCGGAGAGCAUGGUGCUUCGGAAGCAGCUAGACAGGGACCCGCAGUUUCAAGUCGCCCUCGAAUUGGUCCAGGAUAAGGGGAUGUACAACCGGAUAAUCACACCAGCAGACGCCAAGCUCACCGAAGACGUUCUACGGUCGUUCGGCCAAGCCCUGGAAGACUCGGUGCAGAGGGGGGACCUGCGGCUGGACUUGUCUUCCGACGACGGGGCGGGGAUCACGAUAACGCCAACUUCGACUGCCGCGGGGGCGAGGCCUAGAGCUGGGGACGGGGGCAUUUCGACUGGACCUAACCGGCGCUCAUUGCCGCAGCGCUGAUGGACUCGCUCCAUGGCCGGGGUCUCCCGGACCUGCCGAAAGGGGUGAAAAAUGGUGGGAGAAUUAGUGGGUCCAUCGCAGGUGCAUCACCAGGAAAAAAAAUGUUGGAUGAAGCUGUUGGCGGGAGAGACGUGGAAAAAGCUGGCCGAUUGAGAGUGUCGGCUGCACACAAGACACGGCAGGGAGGGGGCUGGGUGGUGCGGCGACUGCGCUACCGUCGUACGAGAAACAAGCGCCUUUUUAGACAUGUAUAUUCGAUUUUCGAUCCCUUCCUUCUUUCUGCCCGGCGGGUGAGCAGUGUUCAUUUUUUGUGCGGAGUUGGCGAUCAGAAGAACGAUGCAAGGGAAAUUAGUUCUAGAAGCUGCAGGGAGUGACUUGAUGCGCCGGAGAUGUUGCCUUUUGAAAGUGUAUUUGUCCGUUGUUGGUUUUACUUUUUGAUUAGAUGGAAUGCAAGUACCGCUGCGGGAAUGUCACAAGAAGUAACAGCAAUCGAUCAGGAGAGUCGGGUUCCUCACCCGCAUAGAUUGGGCGGGAACACGGCUCUGGAUUGACUUGGACCCCUGCUACGUCCCCGAUUGCUCAUCGCGGCGAGCGCUUUAAAACGAACGGGGGUGGGGGGAGGGACCACCGUGCUCCCACAACCCUGACGGAAGAGAGAGGUGUAGGGCAGAAUGCACCGGGGAGUACAAAACCGUCGGCUAUAUAUUCGGCACGCCCGUCCCGUGUCGGGGGUUUCUAUCGCUUGGUCGACGGGUUCGAGGGCCAAUAGUCGCCCCGUGAGGGCAGUUGAAGUGGUUCCCUGGGCGCCCGGCGUCUGGGUGUUCGCGCUCUCGACAGAAAUUUUAUACACGCGCUGUUCGAGGUAUUGGUGGAAGGUGACGCGUUCUGUCCUUCUCUCUCUUUUUGACACAUGUGAUAUGUAGUAGUAUAACAGGGUAGACAAAUGCGGCGGGGUGCUUUUUUAGAAGUUCAUGUUGACGCGUUCGUUUUGCUGCUAGUUGUUUGUUUCGGAUGUCAAAACGUACGUGGACAUCUGUUGGCAUCGUGGUAACAUAGGUACCCUUCUUUUUUGGCUGCCUGAAUGUUUCUCACGCUUCGCCUCGUUCAUACUGAAGCGUGGAAGAGGAAGACGAUAAUGCCUCGGGCGAGGUGG